UGAAUCUCUUAUAUAUUGUAUUCUCUUUAAUCUAAUUGUAUUCCAAUUUUUGUAUUUUGUGCACACAGAAAACAGCAUUGCCAUUUACACGGCGACGUCGCGUGGUCGCAUGCAGCUCAUCUAUGGCGGUCAGCCCUUCAUCUUUGAGAAGACACUGAAGCUGUCGACGGGCGAGGAGAAACGCUACUGGCGCUGCAAUCAAUGGUGGAAUCAAAAGUGCCGAUCGCGUGUCUUCACCAUCAACGAUAUCGUGUGUCCACUGAAUCGCUUCCACACGCACGAGGAGAUUGUGCGCCGCAAGAAACGCGUGCGUCGUGUGCCACCCACAGCGGAGGCAACUGCCGCAACGAAUGUGAAUGUGAAUGCUAAUACCAAUGCCAAUGCCAAGAUCUACGCAACGGCAAGCAUACGCCAAGAUCAAUUGGUGCAACCACAGCAAGUGCAUCAACAACAACAGCAGCAGCAACAUCACCAUCAACAGCAGCAGCAACAGCAAUUGGCUAGCGAUGCCAUGCUUACCACAACGUUAACGGACGAAUCGACGGCUACCAUUGAUGUCAACGAGCUGGGCAUGCAUUUAAAGUACGAGGAGAUUGUGGCCGAUGUCACGGGCAUUGUGGGUGCAACACAUUCGCAUUCACAUUCGCAUGCGUCCCGUGUCCUUGGCCGCAAGAAGUGAGGCGUGAGGUUGCCCAUUCUACUUCAGCAAGGGUCAGCGUAAAUCGAUUAAACUGAACUAUCUGGGUCACAGUUAUGUGAAGUUCAUGGAGAAUAGUCGCGGCACCAAAUGGAUUUGUGCCACUCGAUCCACGACCAAGUGUCGGGCGCGUGUGCGCACCAAGGAUGCAGCAAUUGAGAUACUCCAUGGGGCGCAUAAUCACGAGGAGGCCAAAAGACGACGCGAACGCAUCAAGAAACCCAUCGAUUAAAGACACUCACUAGUAAUUAAAGGUUAUCU